GUAACGAUAAACAACACAAGGAAUGUACAACGAUUUUCAGUUGUGAACGUUGCUUGUCGCGAAACUGCCGAUUUGAAGCAGUCUCGAUCUAACAUUCGUUCCGAAAAGACGAGGAUAUUAAUUUAGAUAUCAUUGCGCAUAAUCUUAUCGCAAAGCAAUCUGAUCAGAUUUCUUGUGCAUCUCUUUCUUCAUCGAAGUUAUUCUACAUUAUUAAAUAUUGGCUAUCGUAUAUACAUCAGAUAUCGAAUUUUAUGAAGUUGGUGCCUUCUACUAAAAAUUCAAAUUUUAUUACGUUCUAUAUAACACUUGUUUGAUAAUCCAUCUGCAAAGCUGGGUCGACAUCGCAAGAAAAAGAAUAUGACAUCGAAGAGCGCAGACACGAUGUCAGACAGUAUACAUGAGACUUGCAACUUAGAAGAAUCACUACCAUUAACAACAGCUAUAACGAACGAUCUCACUUUCGAUGAACAGGCAGAGAUGUCCACCGAAAAUAAGAAUCAAUUUCCGACAAAGCAUAUCUUUUCUCAUUGUCGAACGUCGUGUGAUGUAAAAGUGACUACUUUUACCUGGAGUAUUGCUGAUUUCUGGCAUCUUUACAGCUUUAUUGACACUUUAACAUCUAGUAGCAUUGAAGGACAUUCUUUUGAUAUAAAUAUGCGCAUUGAUAGAGAAAGGGAUAUCUUAACAUUUUAUAUUGAUUGUAAUGGUGAAAAUCAGUUUAAUAUUCACAGAUAUGAUUGUUAUAUCCGAAUUAAUAAUGAAGAACCAAUCUUGCGUCCUGCAGGAAUGUGGAAAAUAUUUUGUCCAGAAAUUCCGGCGGUUACGUUUUAUCAAAUAAGUGUCGCUGUUAUUGUGGACAAGAAAUAUUUAGAAAACAAUAAUACACUUUCAAUAUGCUUUAAUUUUGAAACAGAUAAAACUCUAACACAUAGCACUAUGUACGAGAAUAUAUUAAAAGUACCACCACUAUUAACAGCUAUGACGAACGAUCUCACUUUCGAUGAAUCUGACCAACUUGUUACAUUUCAAGUAAAAGGGAAAUGUGUUCGUGUAAAAAAAUCAACAUGUGCGAGCAGCCAGUUCCUUACUAAAUUGUUAAAGACAGAAGAUGCGAGUAAGAUAAUAGUAAUAAAGAAUGAUGUAGCAUACGAUAUUUUCAACAUGGUAAUAUUUUAUUUAGAAACUGGCCGUCUCAUGUCUGAUAUUAUAAAAUUAGAUGAACAAGAUAAGGACAAAAUUUAUCAACUUCUUACAGCAGCUGAUGAAUUUGGCAUAAAAGGUCUUAAAUUAUUGUGCGAACAAUAUUUAAUAGGGCGCGUAGUAAAAGAGAAUGUUGUACAAUAUUUAUAUAUUGCAAUUAAUUAUAAUGCAAAAUAUUUAGAGAGUUAUGUAAAAAGAUUAUUCAAGCUACACUUAUCUGAGAUUAUUAACACUACAGAGUUCUUAAAGCUAAUGCAACUUCAUCCUGGGAUAUUAUUUGAUAUUGUAAAACAAGAAUUAUUUAAAGAAGAUGCUCCGUAUCAAGUUAUCUAACCUCUCAAUCUACGUCGCAUAAUUAAAUAAAAUUAUGACGAAUUUUGACUAUAAUUUUGACGAUAAAUUAUAUCUUUAUUUCCAAGAUUAAUUAUUCUGUAUUUGUAUUAAUAAUUCUAAGAUAAUAUUCAUUUUUGUUAUUUUAUUGUUCAUGUAGACUAGAUAUAAACUAAAUACAAAAAAUAUCAUAUAUUGUUCCAAGCGAACAUUUGUUAGAUAUAUAAUGCGACAUGUAUAACAUUUAUAUGCAACAUUUAGAAGAAACUUUUUAAGUAUUUUUAUAUAAUAUCUGUGUGCUAUACUAUUUGUUAAUGAUAAGUUUUUGUGCAAUCCCUGAUAUCGUUAUCGCGUGCGAUAAUCAUCACAUUGUUAAUGGAACGUUAUCGUCGGUUUCGUAGCCGCGAGAGGGUUAAUGCGAGGUGUACGUUUAUGUUCUACUGCAAAUGUCAUCGUUUGAGAUAUCUGCUCUAAGACCGCAAUUCACGGAGAAGGCGAGGAUCUAUAGCGCAUCAGACUGUUAGAUGGACUGCAAGCCUACGGAGUAACGCAGAAUGCGCCGUAUCAAAGCACUGACUUGUCAGUGAUAGAGCAGAUAUGUCAGACGAACGCGGAACAUAAUAUAUAUAUCGCUCCACCGUUAAGUGACAUUAAAAUUAUGUUACUCGUUUCUUAACAAUAAUUCAUCGCAUGAUCGAAAAGCGAUAAAUCCGGAAGUCGAAAAAGUAGAAUCCUUUUUGUAAGCCAAAUAAAAUAAAAUCAAAAUAAAAUGUC